UUAUCUUUAUUUGCUGCAUUCACAGUGUAUUGCAGAAUUUAGCUUAUGUAAGAAAGUAUGUAACAGAUACGAAAUCUUAUAGAGAAAUUAUAGAUGUCCCGCUUGUAAAGCUAGAAGUAAGAAUUACCCGCAUUUCCUCUAACCACAUGUACACAGGACAAGAGGAUCAAGUUUGUGGCCCACUGAUUUUUCCAGGCAUGAUGGCAUAGCGCCUUCUUAUACUUUGGUGGAUGUUAUUCAAUGAAACAAGCCCCGGUACAGAAUGUGGAGGAGCCUCUGGAUCUGAUUCGACUAAGUUUGGAUGAGAGAAUUUAUGUGAAGAUGAGAAAUGAGCGUGAACUACGAGGGAGACUAAAUGCUUAUGAUCAACACCUGAAUAUGAUCCUGGGAGAUGUUGAAGAAACUGUGACCACUGUAGAAAUAGACGAGGAGACGUUCGAGGAAAUCUACAAGUCUACGAAGAGGAACAUCCCAAUGCUGUUUGUGAGAGGAGACGGGGUCAUUUUGGUCUCCCCACCAAUGAGAACUGGAACCUGAUCUUCAGUCGUUCAACAUUCACAUCAAAUGUAUAUAUGUCACUGCUACUGUCCAUUAAACACAUUCAUUAGAUUA